AAGGUUUGGUGAUGAAACAUUUAUUUAUUUUUUCCAUGUCCCUUUAGGCUCGCCGUAAAAUGGUCUCAUGGAAUAAAGAAAAUGUUGAAAAAAAAACCUAAGCGACAUUUGGUUGCUUUAUCUUUUAAUUUAUUUCAAUUAAAUAAAAAAUAAGAAACUAUUUAAUCUAGAUUGCAUCACCCUUAUAAGGAGACGGAUUCUUUCGAGAAGAUUUAACUUCAUCACAGUAGGUGGCAGUAAUGAUCACACGAAGAAGAACUACCAUUAUCUCUAUGGCAACGACAACUAUCUCGCCCCUUCGCGUGAUUUAGCAUGCUAGCUUCUCCAAGUAGCCUCAGUCGAUUGAAUUGAUUAUUUUUAUGAGACUGAAAUAUGUCCACAAUCAGUUAAUCCCAUUCUAGUUACAACUACGUCGAAGACAACUACGAUUAAAGAAGCAGAGUAGCUUCAGCUAAUAGCACGCUAACCACCCAUGGCAGAUUUCUGGAACACAGACACUGGGGAGGCUGUGUAUCGAUCCCGGGAUGCUGUUAAAAAUCUAAAAAUAAAGGUGCGUAUAGAGCGGGUGACUUCCACAGCAGCACUUUCACAGCACCUCCAGCAGGAAGUUCUGUCCCAAGAGGAUAGAGGAGCCAUUGAACUUAAGACCCUUACCUCAAAGGGACAGCAAGGUGAUAAUGAAGAGGAACUGGAGGUGGGAUGGCAGGAGAAAUUCUUCAGUCAGUAUGAGAUGGAGCUGUUCCAGAAUGAGGCAGUAUGUCAGACUCCUCUGGACCAACAGUACCACACAGAGGUCAAAGCAUUGAAAAAAGCAAAAAGUCGACGAAAUCACAGGAUAUUUACCUACACUGAUCAUGAUCGUUAUACCAACUGCCUUCCAUUCAGCCAGCUGCAGGACUCUGACUUAUUGAUGACAUCAAAAUCUACCCCUACUUUCUUGGCUGAAAGGAUGGCCAGUAUAAAACACAGACGCCAGGACAGACGCACCAUGGAUUCUACUAUCCCUAAAUCAAAAAUCAUCAACUGGGAGCCAACAGAUGACUUUGUGAAGAACAGUCGUGUGGUUAAUAAUGCUAUGCAGACAAUGCACAUUAUGGGAGACCUGGGUCCUCCUGGAAGAUUGGGGGUGAAGGAAAAUGAAUAUCUUCUCCUAACCAUAAAAACAGAUGGUAGUGGAACAGUCAUUGUCAAACCUGACUUCAACACAGACAAAGGGCCCUACAGGAUUGUAACAAAGGGGGAAAAGAGAGAAGUUUGGCGACUUAUUGUGAAGAACAUAUCCCCAACCAUGAAGACAGAGGACAAGGACAGGGAACAAAACAUGUACAAAGAUCUCUAUACAAGACACAAGGAAUAUCUCAAUAGCCUUGUGGGACAGGAUUUCGAAAUGCCACCUGCAGGUAUUCUGCGUUACCUAGUAAAUGGAGAAAUUGUCUCAGCCCAAGGCUUUGAAUAUGACAACUUAUACAUCCACUUCUUUAUGGAACUGCCCAGCAAUUGGUCCAGUUUGCCUUUCCAGUCGCUGUCAGGGGUUACACAGACCUGCCGAACCAAAACAAUAGGGAAGGAAAAUGUAGCUUUCUUCAGUUUCCCCUUCAGCUAUGAGGCUUUCUACAUGAGUGAAAAGGAGAGCGAAGGAACAGUUCCUCAGUGGCCAAUGAUCUACUUUAAGGUUCUUUCUCUGGACUCCUGGCAGCGCUAUCGAACUGAAGGCUAUGGUUAUGUGCUUUUUCCAUCUGAACCUGGUAACCAUGUGAUAACAUGUCAUACGUGGAGACCCCUGCAGAGAGGAACAGUCUCAACACUGAGAUGCUUCUUUAUUGGAGGUUCUCCAGAACUUGAAGACCUCAGCUAUGUGCGAAUACCAGGCACCUUUAAGGUUGAAAGUUUAAAGCGAGAGGGUUAUUUUACNGAAACAACGGGAAGUGUUACCUUCAAUCUGCAUUGCAUUCAACAGGCAAGAUCAUUUGUUGACGCCACCAUGAUGAAGAAGAGGAGGCAGAAAGUGUUUGACCAGUUAGGAGGAUUUAGUCAACAGGGAGCUGUCUGCUCCAUUCUGGAGGCUUUCCACAGAGUCAGGAAAAAGAUGCAAGAGGCCAGAGAAGCUCUUCCCAGAGACCUCAUCAAUGCCACAGCCCAACUCCAUAUUGAAUCCUCUACAUCAGCUUGAUGAACACUUCAGGAAUCUUUUUUUAUUAAACAAAAUUUUAACUGCUCAAGUACUAGAAAAAGAAAUUAGAAAAA